AUGUUAUUUCUAACUUGCUGCUUAAGACAAUGUGAAACACAAGGUCACAACCGCAUACCAUCCGCUAACCAACGAUCAGGUGGAAGUAUCCAACAGGGAGAUGAAAUCCAUAUUAGAGAAGGUGGUCAACACCUUUCGAAAGGAUUGAACACAGAGAUUAAACGAGGCUCUUUGGGCCUACAGAACCGCAUUCAAGACACCCAAUGGCAUGUCUCCUUAUGUGUUAGUCUUUGGAAAGGCAUAUCUCCCAUCGAAACUAGAGCACAAGGUGCAAUGGGCCCUGAAAAAGUUAAACUUGGAUAUAGCAAGUGCAGGGAGGCUCGAAAACUCCAACUGAACAAAUUGGUAGAAUGGCGGUUCACCGAAUACGAGAAUGCAAAGCUCUACAAGGAACGAACUAAGCGGUGGCAUGACAACAAGAUUUGUAAGAAAGAUCUAGCUAUUGGCCAGCGAGUGUUACUUUUUAACUCUCAUCUUCGUCUUUUUCUAGGUAAGCUUAAAUCGAGGUGGUCCAAACCAUUCGUUGUGUGUGAAGUUUUCCUCCAUGGAGAGGUGCAAUUGAUGAAUGAAGAUGGCAGUAAUGUCUUUAAGGUCAAUGAACAGCGAGUGAAGCCUUAUUAUGGAGGCUCUGUGGAUCGUGACAAGGAAACCAUUGACCUAGGCAGGCAAGCUUGA